AUGGGUGCCUCAAAAGCAUCUGCCAAUGUUCCAGGUGAUCCUGCCCAAGUUGCCUCGCCCCCCAAGGACGAACUGACGACAGAGGGCCAGCACGCUGCCAGCCAGCCUGAGCCGCCCACGCCUCCACUCGCCGAGGUGGAGGAAGAAUACGGGAAUGACUCCGCCUACGCCGAAUCCAUCACCAACUCGACAGCCUCGCUUUCCGCCAGCAUUCUCGAGUGCCGCACUUUGCAUGGCCGUACAUACCACAGUGGACGGGGCGAGGGGCAGUCAUGUCACCACAGUUCAACACUGAUGCAAGACGGAAAGCUAUAUCUGGCUGAUCUCAGGGACACUGUUGAGAAAGUACUCGACGUCGGUUGCGGAACAGAACAACAUCCCGAGUCCGAAGUCAUCGGCCUGGACAUUUCACCGCAACAGCCACACUGGAUUCCUGUCAAUUUGAAAUUCGAGGUAGAUGACAUCACACAGCCGUGGACCUAUGACCCAAACACAUUCGACUACAUCCACAUGCGCUGGCUGGUGGGCUCGAUAACAGACUGGACCCUUCUCUACAAAGAGAUCUUCACGGCCCUCAAGCCAGGCGGCAUCUUCGAACACAAAGAGUCGUCCUGUGACAUUCGGAGCGACAACGGCACCGUCGGCCGGGAUACUGCGCUUGCGCUGUGGGGUACGGUGUUUUUGGAAGCUGGGGUGAAGGUCAAACGCACGUUUGCUGUAGUCGAGGACGACAUUCAAGUGAAAGCGAUGGAGGCUGCGGUAUUUGUAGAUGUCCAGGUCACCAACAUGAGGGUGCCGAUUGGUGGUUGGCCCUCUGACGAGAAGGAUAAGACCAUCGGCAAGUAUGCCCAGCUGGCUGUCCAGAGAGAUGUUGAAGGCUUCGUGACCUUCAUGUGGAGCUCUGUGAUGGGUUGGUCUAAGGAGGAGAUUGCGGUGUACGCUGCGCACCUACGAGGAGAGCUCAACUCCGGCAAGUUCCACGCUUGGUGCCCCAUGAAAGUUGUCAUCGGCAGGAAACCUUGAGCGACGAGACUGGGU